AUGACUGUCGCUACUACUGUUCUCCCCACAGACGGAGAAGUGUUUAAUGGCCCUCAUACCAAUGGAAUCACACAUUCCCACGAGACAAAUGGGGGCCGUAAGACGGACUCAACGAAUGAUACAGGGAAGCUAAAUGGUCACUGUCAUACAAACAGCUCUUCUCAGGAGAAUCCCUUCACCAUCCCGAUGAGCGCCGACUAUGCUUACACACCCCGCAAACUCCACGUCGUGACUAUUGGGGCCGGGUUCUCCGGUAUUCUGAUGGCCCAUAAGAUACAGCACCGCUUCCCAGAGCUACAGGAAUAUGUCGAGCAUACUAUCUUCGAGGCGCGAAAUGAUGUCGGCGGAACGUGGCUGAUCAAUACCUACCCCGGCGUCCAGUGCGACGUACCUGCGCACAUCUACGCUUUCCCGUUUGACCCUAAUCCGGAAUGGAGCAGGUUCUAUGCCAGUGGCGUCGAGAUCCAGGAUUAUAUCAAGCGGAUAGUGGAGAAAUGGAAUCUCGACCGCGAUAUCCAACUCAAUACCAAAGUUGUGGGGGCAUGGUGGCAGGAGGAUGAUGCCCGAUGGAAGCUGGCCGUGGAGCAUCAAGGCGUAGAGCGAGAUGUGUAUUGCGACAUCCUAAUCUCUGCUCAAGGCGUACUCGUUCACCCUUCUUGGCCGGACAUCCCCGGCUUGAACGAUUUCAAGGGCAAGAUCUCACAUUCUGCUCAUUGGGAUCACGACUACGACUACGCAAACAAGCGCAUCGCUGUCAUUGGAAAUGGCUCCUCGGGGAUCCAGAUUACUCCUGCAAUGGCCAAACUUCCAGGCACAGAAGUCGUCAAUUUUAUGCGCAGUCCAGCCUGGGUCUAUUAUCGAGUGCCGCCAUCUAAGCACCAUGGAAAUGACGAUGAAAGUCCCAAUCCCGAAUAUACUGAAGAACAAAAGGAGGUCUUUCGUGAUCCAGAAGAACAUCGGAAGUACCGAAAGGGAAUAAUUGCGCGAACUAACAAAAAUUUCCGCUUGUUUAUCAAAGGAGAGAACAACCAAGCAGCAAUGCGCUUCGGAGCCAAGCAAAUGGCAGAGAAGUUGAACCAUGUUCCCGAGCUAUGCGACAAGUUGAUCCCCAAGUGGGAAGUAGGCUGUCGGCGCAUCACCCCAGGUCCAGGGUACUUGGAAGCGUUCUCGAGACCAAACUGCCAUCUGUCAGAUAGCAAGGUCACUCAUAUCUCAGAAAAUGCAGUUCACACUGUCGAUGGAAAGACAUUUGAAUGCGACGUCGGUGAGCUCUCUCUUGCGUUUCUGCAUCACAAGUCAGGUUACCAUGCUGACCGGACAGUCAUUUGCGCCACGGGAUUUGACGUCUCUCAUUGCCCGCGGUAUCCCAUUGUCGGUCAAAACUCAGUAAAGCUCUCAGAUAAAUGGGAUGAGGAACCGGAGUCCUACCUCUCCGUGGCGACGGCCGGAUUCCCCAACUACUUCAUGAUGAUGGGCCCCAACUGCCUGGGUGGGCAUGGCUCGCUAAUUGAGUCGCUGAACUGGACGGGUGACUAUUUUGUCAAAUGGAUAAAGAAGAUCGCUUCAGAAGACAUCAAGUAUGUCGCACCGAAAAGUUCUCGGGAAGAAGCAUUUGUGCGGUACGGCGAUGAGAUUCACAAGACGCUGGUCUGGACGGGCGGCUGUAAGAGCUGGUAUAAACGCAAUCGAGUCGAUGGGCGAGUUACGGCACUGUUCGGGGGAAGUGCAGUGUUGUUUAAUCGCAUGCUCCAGGACAUUCGAGCAGAGGACUUCGAGAUUGAGUAUCACAGUCCGAAUCCCUUCCGAUUCAUGGGAAAUGGGUUCACAGCUUGGGAGAUGGAUGAGAAGAAUGAUCUGUCGUGGCACAGCGAGAAAUUAAAAAUGUGGAUUCAAACGCACCUCGAUCUCGAUUUGAUGGUCCAACGGCUAGGGAAAUACAAGAAGCAGUUAUAUCCACCCGACGAAACCGUCAGCUUCAGAAGCGAAUGGUCCUCCGACAGUGAGUUGGUACCCUUGGAAGAUAAGAUCGCGGCCUACAAUAAGUGCGCUUCGACAAUGCAGCGAGCCCUCCAGGAUGAUUUGGACAGAUUUCCGAAUAGCCCGGUGAAGAGGGCAAUCCUGUCUCUGCGACGCAACACACAAUGGGACAACUCUGAAUGGCUACGGGCGCAAUGUGCUGGGAGAGGUGGAUGCUGCGCUCGAGGAUGUGGAUGCUGCCAGACUCAGAGAUUUGGAGUCACCGUCAAAGGAACAGGGCAUUGUACUUCAGCUUGUGUAUGCUGCGAGCAGGAUCGUGGAUUCCAGAUCGAUACGCUGGAGGGCGAUCCUUUCGGGCCUUUCCAGGCUGCAAAUGCGUUGAAUGUUCAUGGAAAGUCUCAUAAUGACUGGCUGAAUGCGCUCGUUUGGGGCAUUUAA